AUGACGCGGAUAGUCCUAUCAACGGGGAAUAUCAUCUCGGGCGGCCCCUCCAUCAUUCGCAAACCGGGCACGUACCGAUCAAACCUCGAGUUCACGAACAGUCUGCGCAGCAAUUUUCUGGCUGCGCAACAAGACUACGCAGCAGAGCUGCAAAACGGGAAUGGGAAUGGCAACGGCGUGAGCGGCUACCAUGACCAAUAUGCGCAACCGAACGGCAGUCGACCCGCGACAGAGGUGUGGACCGAGAUGGACACCGCAACAUCCACAUUAUACGUCCCCCGUGUCGAUUGGUCGAGCGGAAGUUUGCAAGAAGACAGAGAACAGUAUGAGAUCACGCUGAAGCUAUUCUUCCUGCCCACUGCGCCGGCAAACGAGCGAGCGGCAUAUAUCAAAACGGCGCUGCAACUGGUCACAAAAGAACUUGGCGUUAGAAGUGUAGACCUCCUGAUCGCAUCUUUCCCCGGGGUAUCAUUCGAGGGCGACUGCGAGUGGGAGGCAGACAAAUUGAACGCAAAUAUGGGCAACGACGAAGAGGAGCUCACGACGUGGCGCGAAUUGGAGGCAUUGCAAAGCGAAGGCAAGAUCCGCAAACUGGGCAUCGCCGAGUUCGGCACCGAGAAGCUGGCACGAUUUAUUAAGCAGGUCAAGACCCGUCCGGCGGUUAACCAGAUCAACGUCAAGAACUGUUGCAACGUACCGCCGCCGUUGACGAAACUAGCCAAGGAGGAGCGCAUUGAGCUUCUGACCCAUGGGGAUUGCACAGAUAUCCUCCCUAGUGGCACACUGCGGGAACUGCUUGGCCAGGGACUCCAAGGCGCUGGUGUUCUCGCCGAUGGUGAGAGUACUGGUGGUGGGCUUAGGGGCAAUUUGAUUCCCGAGUGGGUGGUCAAGUAUACAGCAUUUGUAAAGGACCGGGGUGUCAUUGAGAACAAGGGCUACUUCGCCGGAGCAGAGCUGGUCGAGCACUGA